AUGGGAGAAACCACGACCAAAGAAAAGAAAAUGAAGAAAUCUCAAACUGAAAGACCAAUGAACUUUUCAAAAACAAAGCGCAGAGUCUUGGCUGCUGUUGCUUAUCUACAGUACAGAUGGCUGGCGAAAAUUAUGCAACCUGGCUUUGCUGAUAGAUCCCCACAGUCAGUCCGCUUCUGCGGAAUGGCAGCUCCGCCUCCCCACUGCAGCCAGGGACGCUCGCUUGCCACCUCUAGCUUGGCUGCUAGAUCACAAGAGUCUCUCCUCUGCCCGGCCGGCCGUGACAAUAACAGGGUGUCCUCAGAUCAUCUUGGAAAGGGGGGAAGGAUAACAAUGAUGGAUCACCAGUACCCUUCUUGGAUCUUUGUCAAUGAGAGGACAUUCAUAACCAGGGAACAACUCAAUUCUUUACUGGAGGCUUAUAAUGUUUUCUAUGAAAAGCAGAAAAAUCUGCAUAUUUUGUAUGGACAGGCUGAAGAUGGACAACUGAUUGUUGAAGGGAUGCUAGACAUUUUCUGGGGAGUAAAACGACCCAUACAGUUAAAAAUACAAGAUGAGAAGCAAAUAUCUUCAUUUGAUCUGUUGAAGUCAACAGAAGCAUUUUCCAGCAAAGGGGGGAUGACUCGCUGGGGAGAGUUUGAUGACCUUUAUCGUAUCAGUGAGCUGGAUAGGAGCCAAGUUUUGCUGUCCGAAGGCAGGCAUUCCUCGGAAGACUAUUUAUCUUAUCACAGCACUCUGAAGCCAUAUGCAGAUGAAGAACCAGCAUCCCCUCUGCUCUAUAGGACCAUGAGUGAAGCAGCUUUGGUGAGAAAAAGGAUGAAAGCUUCAGUGAUGUACAGAAAAGACAGGCAGGACCACAGAGCCUCUAUCAACGGACACUUCUAUAACCAUGAGACAUCUAUUUUCACCCCAACCUUUGGAUCAGAAACUAAGGUCAGAACAAAUAGUACCAUGAGAACUGAAGAAGUGAUAAAGCAACUUCUCCAAAAAUUUAAGAUUGAGAAUAGCCCGCGGGAUUUUGCUCUUUACAUUAUUUUUGGAACUGGAGAGCAGAGAAAGCUAAAGAAGACUGAUGUCCCGCUGCUGCAGAGGCUUCUACAAGGACCAUCCAACAGCAACGCUCGGAUCUUCCUCAUGGAUAAAGAUACGGAAGAAAUUAGCAGUAAUGUGGCGCAGUACAUUAAUUUUCACUUUUCCUUCUUGGAAUCCAUUCUUCAAAGAUUAGAUGAAGACGAGAAAAGGGAGACGGAAAGAAUAAUGGCGAAAUUCAAUACCGAAAGGGCCUUCAUCCUGAAGUGUCUUCAGAGUAAGCAGGCAGCAAAAACAGAGACCACAGUCUAGAGCUACAGCACCUAUGCUAGCUAGCACACCUCAGCAGAGCUG